AAUCCACUCACCAUGUCUCUGCAAAAGCUCUCCGACAACCGCGCCGUGCAAAUGCUCUCCGCAGCAGCAGCAGGCAAAUACGGCGUCCUCGGAAUCGUCGCCUACAACCUCGAGACCAUCGUCGCCAUAAUCCGCGCCGCCGAAGCGAAACGUUCUCCCGUCCAGAUCCUACUCUUCCCCUGGGCAUUGCAGUACUCGCCAUUAUUCAUCGAUCUCGCCGCCAAUGCCGCACGCAAAGCUUCCGUGCCCGUGACGGUACACAUGGACCACGCACAAGAUCCGGAGAUCAUCAAGGCUGCGGCUAAGAUCCAAGCGGCGGACGGAACCCCGGCGUUCGAUAGUAUCAUGGUGGAUAUGUCGCAUUAUGAGAAGGAGGAGAAUUUGGCCAAGACGAAGGAGUUGGUUGCGUUGUGUCAUGAGAGAGGUAUUGCUACGGAAGCGGAGCCGGGAAGGAUUGAGGGUGGAGAGGAUGGAGUACAGGAUACUGCAGAGUUGGAGGGUAUGAUGACCACGGAAGAGGAGAUUGACGAGUUUGUGGCUACGGGUAUUGACUUUUUGGCGCCGGCGUUUGGCAACAUGCAUGGAGAUUACCAUGGAGUGCACAACAUUCAUCUGGACUACGAGAGGCUAGAAAUGAUCCAGAAGAAGGCUGCUGGCAGAGUGACGGUCGUUCUGCACGGCACGAACGAAUUCCCCAAAGACAUCAUGGCCAAGUGCAUCGAGCGAGGAGUGACGCGAGUGAAUGUCAACAAGCUGGUUCUUUCAGACUACAAUGCAUAUGUGGACGAGUACACGGGCAAGGUGCCUCUGACGCAGUUGAUGGAGAGGGGCACGGAAUUGAUUCAGAAGCAGACGGAGGAGUGGAUGGAUGCUAUCGGGAGCACAGGGAAAGCGUAG